AAUUGUCAUUUUCCUCUUCUAACGCUUUAAAUACGGUUCUUUGAUCCUCUAGCCUCUUCGGCCUUCAAAGCCCAAUUCUGCUUCUUUUUAUUCUGUAUGCCAUUGACACAUUUUUUUACUUAUAAGAAGAUUAAUUAAUUAUUAUCAUACAUUUUAAUUUACGAAAAAAAAAUGCAAAUCCCAAGAUAUAUUUACUGAUUACAACUUGACUUGGCCGCCCAUAAAUUUCUGAGUCUCUAACUGAAUACCCACCUGAAUAGCCAAUUUUUGUCAAUGGCUCAGGACGAUUCAGAUUCCAGGUUACAUCAUAGAGAGUCCAGCCUGUUAAAGGAUAGACUUCGAUUCAUUAAAAGAAAUAAUUUUCGUCGUUAUGAGGCUGUCCCAAUUCAGGCAUCAUUAACGUUUGAAAAAGGUUUAUAUGUAGUUAUCCGUGCGUGCCAAUUCCUGGCUCAAAAUAAUGAUGGAAUCAUAUUUGUUGGAGUAGCUGGUCCAUCAGGGGCAGGCAAAACUGUAUUUACUGAUAAAAUUUUGAACGUCAGGCCAACAACUACCGUUAUAUCGAUGGACAAUUACAAUGAUGCUAGUCGGAUAGUUGAUGGAAAUUUUGAUGAUCCACGCUUGACAGAUUAUGAUACAUUGCUUCAGAACAUUAAUGAUCUUAAAGCAGGAAAGGCGGCUCAGGUGCCGAUCUAUGAUUUUAAGACAAGCUCCCGCAUAGGUUACAGGACUGUUGAAGCAUCAAGUGAUCGAAUUGUUAUAAUUGAAGGCAUCUAUGCUUUGAGUGAGAAACUUCGGCCUUUUCUUGAUCUUCGAGUGUCUGUGACUGGUGGAGUUCACUUUGACCUUGUUAAACGAGUUUUAAGGGAUAUACAACGUGCUGGGCAAGCACCGGAGGAGAUAAUUCAGCAAAUAUCUGAAACAGUAUAUCCCAUGUACAAGGUAUUCAUUGAACCAGAUUUAGAAACAGCACACGUAAAAAUUAAAAACAAGUUUAAUCCAUUUACUGGAUUUGAGAAUGCUACCUUUAUCUUAAAGUCUUUAAAGACUAUUCUUGAGGAUAGUAUUAAAGCUGUUUUGGACGAGGAUCUUAAGGAAUCUUCUGAGCAGAUCUAUGAUAUAUAUCUUCUACCACCCGGUGAAGAUCCAGAAUCAUGUCAAUCAUAUCUCAGAAUGAGAAAUCAAGAUGGAAAAUACAAUCUUAUGUUUGAGGAAGUAAUAAUAGAAAGCCCGUUCAUCAUAUCACCCAGGAUAUGUUUUGAAGUUAGCGUACGUCUUCUUGGUGGACUUAUGGCCUUGGGAUAUACAAUAGCAGCAAUCCUCAAAAGAAACAGCCAUGUCUUCUCAGAUAGUAAGGUGACUGUGAAAAUUGAUUGGUUGGAACAGCUCAAUCGUCAUUAUAUCCAGGUGCAAGGAAAAGAUCGUUUGCAUGUAAGAUCUAUAGCUAAGAAGCUGGGAUUGGAAGGAUCAUACACUCCUCGCACUUACAUUGAGCAAAUUCAAAUAGAAAAGCUUGUGAAUGAAGUCAUGGCCUUUCCUGAAGAUUUGAAGACAAAACUAAGCUUAGAUGAUGAUUUGGUUUCUAGUCCUCAAGAAAUUAUAUCUCGAGCAUUUUCUGAUACUAAUGCCUGGCAACGCAAGAAUAUUAAGAGUGGUAUGUCGCACUCGUACUCUAAUCAGAGGGACACCGAUGCUUCCAAAUUUAAUGGCUAUGAUGUGAGCAGCAGGAGAUAUGACGAGAGAAAUUUGGAAUCUGUUGAAACUGCGGGAAACAAGGGAGUUGCUUCACAUCUGUCAGAACAGAUAUCGACACUCAACGACCGAAUGGAUGAAUUCACAUCAAGGAUUGAAGAGCUGAGCUCGAAUUUGACAAUUCAGAAAUCAUCUCUUAGCCAACAAAAUAUCUCUUUGCAGUCCGAAACAUCAUAUUUUAGAUCUGGCUUGAGCAAUGGCCCGUUGACAGGGUCUAUUCUUCCGAACGGUUCGUCUUUCUCCCAGUUGAAUAAGGAGUCUCCUUUAAUCGAAGAGCUACAAGGAAUUACGCGAGGGCAGCAUAAGAUAAUGCAUCAACUGGAUAAUCUGUACAAUCUUUUUCGAGAGAACUUGGGGGAAGCGAGUUCUUGUAGCGUAAAGAAGGGGAAAAGGAACAUAGUAGCUGAUGCUGAACCCAUUAAUUUUCCUGUGGCUGCAAUACUUUCAACAAUAGCUUUUGGUGGACUUGGGAUUGCCCUAUAUAAGGGUUUUUUCACUAGGAACUGAUUUAACACUACAUCAACUAUAUUUAUUUUACAAUUCUAAUAACCAAGUUAUUCAUCUCUUUAUUUUUUUGGGUUCCCUCUAAUUUUUCUUAUUUAUUAGUAUUUUAUAUUUUUGUUUUUAUUAUUUUUUAGAUUUCUUUUAAGGGAAUCAAGAAAAGUUUUGUAAGCUAGAGUAGUUCAUAAUAGAAAAUUUCAUUUUCGCAA